AUGGUGCUCUUCAGAUUCAGUGGAAGGAAUUGUGACCUUGCGAAGACAAAUGCAAAUGAGCUGAAGCAGAAUUCCUUGGUAGAAAAGCUGAACGAACAGAUAGAGCCUGAAGACCUUAAGUGUCAACUUUUAAGCACAGAAAAAGAGAUCCAUGGUGCCGAGAAACGAAGAAAUGCGCUAGAAAAUGAAGGCACUGGUCUUCUUGCAAAGUUAAAAGCCGCGGAGAAAAACUCUAAGGUAUGACCAAACGUGUGUUUGAUUUAGAACAGUUUUAAAGUUAAAUAUUUCACUAUGACGAAAAUAUUUUGUUCUAUGCAGAUUUUCCUAAAUAUGCUACCUUUGUACCUACUUAUGAAUUCCUCAACCCAGGUGAUGAUUCAGAAAACAUUAGAUAUGGCUUUUCUUCUGAACGAGCUAUACAUUUCAUAUGGAUAG